UUCACCAUCAUCUUUUUCACUUCUUUUUCGUCUUCUAUCAUCCUUUACUUCAUUUUCGUUCACUAUCAUCUUUCUCACUUCCUUUUCAUCUCCUAUCACCCUUUUACUUCCUUCUCACUUUAUUUUCGUUCACUAUCAUCUUUCUCACUUUUUUUUCAUCUCCUAUCAUCCUUUUUACUUCCUUCUCACUUCAUUUUUGUUCACUAUUAUCUUUCUCACUUUCUUUUCAUCUUCUAA